GCUUUUGUUUCUAGAAAGCGCUCUUUUUUGGAACAAUAGGAGACACGAUUCUUUGUUGCUAAGAUAUUUUGAAUACCGCUGCUAGGAUAAAGGGGCCUGUAAAAGCUGAUUGCAUUAAGUCACUCUCCACCUUGAAGUCUGUGCGAAUGCUUCGGUCAGUGCCUUUGGGAAAAAACAGAAAUCAGAAAUUCCGGAUUGGCGAACGUGAAGUUAUUAGAGGAGGUUUGGGCACACAGACAACGUCGUUGACAAAAUAUCGAGAUGAUGACCCACGCAACGAAAGGCAACUUUCAAAGUGUGAAGACGAGAAAAAGCGAAAGAAAAGAUAAAUGGAGCUCUGGUGGAUUAUUUUGGCUGGCUGUGGAGGAGGCCUUCUUCUCGUCGCUUAUGUGGCAGUUGUCAUGUACAAAAUAUGUCGUCGCAAGAAAAGGGUUCAGAUGAACCAAGCGGGGGAUCCUGAACGCUUCACUGAUGGUAAAGAUUGGGUAACUCACGUCAAUCCAAGCGUGGUUUCUGAGAGAACAGAAGACGGACUCUGUAUGGACACUAAAAGAGGUUCUACCAAAAUUCGUCGUAAAGCUUCCACUGUGCUUAUACCAAACACUUCUGUUAGCGAGAUUCCAGGGACUUCAGACGCAGUUCUUCGAUCCGUGCAAAGCGUUACAUCUCCGAAGGCUAACUCUGCAAAUAAACAAAACGGAUCUCGGCCGACGGUUGUCGAGAAGCAAGCAUCCACUGGACAAAAGUCACCUUCUGAUGAAAAUAGUAAGGCCGCACCUCCCUCAAGUAACAGUCCUUGUCUGGUCCAAAGGUCUGAAUACACAUGGGAAACAUUGUUACGCCAACCAAGCGAUGUGAGAAAAAACCGAAGCCAGUCAUUUAACUGGGAAGUUUCGGAGCCAAGAAAACAAAACAUGACUACUCGCUCCUUGAAACUAAAAAGAGGUGAAGAAGGAAGGCGAUUUGUAAGAAGUAAAUCCCUCAAAGGAUACACACAGCGCGAGCUAGCCAUUCUAUCCACAGAGGAGAUGCCUCCAUCAACCGAACUAGUUCUUUCUGUAAAACGCGGUGGCGAAAACAAGAAAGGGAAGAGCCCCCAAGAACCUGAGAAGGAUCAAAGCACAGACGCUGAUACACGGAAGAGAAUGUCUGUCAAAUCUAUGACUGCUGAGAAAAGCAUAAAAAUCAGCAGAUCAGGAUCUGCACCAUCCAUGACAGCUAAAGAGAAGGCAGUUAAAAAUGCAGAGGCAAUUAUCAAACCUCGAACGAAAUCGUAUACAUGGAUUCCAGAGCCAGACUACCAAUCGGUUUCCAUCGAAGAGAUCGUUUUAGCAAAUCGAGAAAAAAACAAAGUUAAUCGCGAAGAUCAGGUGUGCAUAGUGGAGAUUCGCAACGAACCAAAUGAUUCAGAUUCACACGUUAGCUUGUCUGCAGGAAACGAAGCCCAAAUGAUCGGUGCAGCGCAAGACGUGCCUAAUGAAGAGCAAUCGCAUGAAGAACAAAACGACUUCUGCACUAUAAUUGAUAUCGUUGAUACUGCGGUUUCCUCACCGUGCCCAGGUGUUGCCAGAAGAGUAACAACAGUUAUGGAUGAUGACACCCCAAACACAAAAGAAACGGAGGAAACCAAGAUUCUAAUGGGAAGUAGCAUAAAAAGAGAAUUAUCUGCUAAAAACCAAGUUAAAAAAUUGGAGGCUACGAUUACCAGUGAACAGCCAGUUACUCACCAUGACCAAACUUCAAAAACAGAAAGUAAUAACGCAGAUGAAACGAAUGUAUCUUUUGGAACUGAUAUUAACAAUAACGUCAAAACAUUGUCCGGUUUUAAUCAAAAGCCACGGCCGAACAAAGCGAUAACAGUAGAGGCAACAGUCCACAAUAUCCCUAAUGGCCAUCCUCCUUUCACAACCAAACCAUCUGAGGUCAGAUCGAUUGGAAAAUUGACUAUCGUCAAAAAUGUCGACGUGCCUUACUACCAGAAAACACAGGAUUCGCGAAAGAGUAUCGAUAAAGCCUCCUCUAUUGUUACAAGGCAAUCAUCUAAUGCAAUGUUGAUUGGAAAUGGGGGACUUUCAACGGGGAAAACCGAUGAAAUUCAUAAAAUUGAGACCUCGCCGAUGCCUACGCCUGUACCCUACUCAAUACAACCACGGGCUUCUAGCCAAACGCAGGACACCACCAAAAUAACUAUUUUAUCGAAAGAUAAUCAGAAAAAUAGCAACGCAGUCCCUCAGCUGACCUCGGCGGAGGUACUUCAAAGGGCGUUACAAAAAUCUGUGAAAGGCAAUGCAGUGAACUUACCGCUAACAACGACAACACCAACACCAACUAAAACGUCAACAACAGCAAAGGAGGUAGACACCGAGCUUACUUUAGAAGAAAAGAAGAAAGUGUGGAAGCGAGAACAAAUAGUGGAUCAGCUGCAUGCCGCUCGGACAAGAAAUGAAAACCAGAGCUACGUAUUUGGCACAGGACUGGCUUACCAGUCUUGCAUGCCUGAACUGCAGAACAGGCUUAAACAAUUAACACUUACAAAAUGAAUUCAAGGAUGGAAUAAUGCCAGAAUGUUAACCACUCAAGAAAGACCUUACAAACUGUUCCAUAAAAACGCUCUUCUGGUCAAUAAAAUAGAGCUUCCUCGUCAAUGGUUAACUAUAAGCUAGCCCGGCGAGGUUUUUAAUUGUUGUUAGAAUCGCAGCCGGAAUUUCUAGAAAUUUUUAGUGGCCGAAGAUUCUCAAUGAAAUAUUCUAUGUCAAAUAUAAGUAAUUGACGUACUAUCGACGAGUAUAAGCCAACACAUUAUACGGAUAUGGAAAGAGGUUCGACUAGCCUCUAAAUUCUAUUAUUAAAUAAAGAAAUAAUACAUUAUCGUA